AUGACGUGGAAACCUCUAUUUCUCAUUUUCACAAUUGGAUUGACAACAACAACAAUCCACGCAAUUCCAGUUGAUAACAAUGUUGAAGGAGAGCCUGAAGUUGAAUGUGGACCAAAUUCAAUAACAGUCAAUUUCAAUACACGUAAUCCAUUUGAGGGACAUGUUUAUGUGAAAGGAUUGUAUGAUCAAGCUGGAUGUCGAUCGGAUGAAGGAGGAAGACAAGUGGCUGGAAUUGAACUGCCGUUUGAUUCGUGUAACACAGCUAGAACACGAUCAUUGAAUCCAAAAGGAGUGUUUGUAUCGACAACUGUUGUCAUUUCAUUCCAUCCACAAUUUGUGACCAAAGUUGAUCGGUUAGUUGCUAUUUAUAAACUUUCCAAAAACUUUGCCAAAUUUUUGAGACCUGGGAAAAAAGUAGUAGAAAUUCAACAAUGUUUUUUUCUUUCUGGAAAUGGUGACAUUAUAAAACUAGACUCUACUUCAAUUGUGAAUUUCAGAAAAAUGUAAUGCUAUACAAACAGGCAAAACAAAUUUCCAAUCUUUGAAUCUGAAAAUUUCCGCUUCACCUAUGUCUGACCAAUUCGUUGUUUUUCAGUAGGCGGCACAAAAAAAUGAUGUAGUCUAUAUACGUAUUGUUCCGCAUUCAAACCAAAUCAUAAUUCAUAAUUAAUUCAUAAUGAAUUGAUGCAUUCGUUUUUCGAAAUAGCAACACAAUUUUCCGCUUGACACAUCAAAUGUCAUUGCAAACUUUAAGAGGGGGAUAAUUCUUUAAUUCUGAAUUUUCUUCAGGGCUUAUCGUAUUCAAUGCUUCUACAUGGAAUCUGAUAAAACCGUUUCGACUCAAAUCGAAGUCUCUGAUUUGACCACCGCAUUCCAAACUCAAAUUGUGCCAAUGCCAGUUUGUAAAUAUGAAAUUCUUGAUGGCGGACCAUCUGGACAACCAAUUCAAUUCGCUACAAUUGGUCAACAAGUUUAUCAUAAAUGGACUUGUGAUUCAGAAACCACUGAUACUUUCUGCGCAGUUGUUCAUACUUGCACAGUUGAUGAUGGAAAUGGUGAUACUGUCCAAAUUUUGAAUGAAGAAGGUUGUGCCCUCGAUAAAUUCUUGUUGAAUAAUCUCGAAUAUCCAACUGAUCUUAUGGCUGGACAAGAAGCUCACGUUUAUAAAUACGCUGAUAGAUCACAACUUUUCUAUCAAUGUCAAAUUAGUAUCACAAUUAAAGAUCCAGGAAGUGAAUGUGCUCGUCCAACAUGUUCUGAACCACAAGGAUUCGGUGCAACAAAAGCAACCGCAGCCGCGAAACCAGCAGUCGCUGCAUCUGCAGCCGUUGCAGCCGGAGCUACAAAUGUUCAAGUUCAAGAUACAGCGCCAGUUGAGGCUGCCGCUUCAGUUCCAGAAACUGUUGCAGCCCCUGCUGCUGCUGCUGCUCCAGCUGCUCCAAUUCCAGCAGUUCCACGCGCAAACUUGGCUCAAUUGAGAUUGUUGAGAAAGAAGAGAUCAUUUGGGGAGAAUGAAGGAAUUUUGGAUGUUCGUGUUGAAUUGAGCACUUUGGAUAUUAUUGAGGUAAGUUAGAAAACUUUUUGGAUAAUUCAGGUAUUUUUUAUUUUUUUCAAAUUUUGAAUUAAAUUUUCAAAGGGAGCCAACGCAAAUGCUCCAACCGCAUCCGCUUUGAUGUCAUCUCAAGAAAACGAAACCUCAUCUCGUUCAUUCUCAACAACAUCUCAAGGAAUCUGUUUGUCUCCACUCGGUUUCGCCUCAUUCCUCGGAAUCGGAACAUUGGUUGCCACCGCACUUUCAGCCACCAUUUUCUUCAUCGCUCGACCAACUUCUCACAAAUAUUAA